AUGGAACCAGAUGAAGCGAUGAAGGCGGUCAUGGAGGCAGAGGAUGAUUUGGAAGAAGUGCUUGGUGAUGAAGAAGAUGCAGAAGCAGGUUGGGAGGGCGGUGAGGGCGAGGAGAUGUGCCGCCCUCGAGAUGAGGAAGAUGAGGCUUUGCAGUUGGACCAUUUGCUCGAUGAAGGCAAGUUUCAUGUGGGUGUGAGUUGGGUCCACCUGGCUGGCCUCAAGGGCAAGCGAGAGCAGUACAAUGGCAUGAAGUGCUUGAUUACCUCCUUCGGCGUUCGAAAUCCCGCCUUGGUGAAGGUGCGCGGUGUUGAGAAGAACGAGGACGGCAAGUACAUUGCCCUAUGGGUGAAGAGGAUCCAUUGCCGCAACACCGUGCACAAGGACACCGGCGCUUGGAAGGCCACCCCGAAUCCCGAAAGUACCGGUGCCACCGGCGCCGCCCGCUGGGUGGCGUUGGGGCGUCCUGAGGUAGAUGCGAUGCAAGGGAAGUUGAAGUUCCAAAAGACACCGGAAGAGGAGGCUCAGAGAGAGGAGCUGUUCAAGCUCAUUGACGUGAAUCACAAUGGAAUGUUGAGCCUUGCAGAGAUCGACAAGGCACUGCCUGAUGUCAUGGGUUGCGUGGCCCUCUUCAACGCCAAGCCUGCCAUCAUCCGGGCCUUCUUGGCCGCCACGGAACGUCCUCCUCAUCGCAACGAUGAGGCCGCCUUCCGGGAACAUGCUCGAGCCUAUGUGAAGCCGGGGGAGCAAUUUCGGAGAUUGAUCCAGUACCUCCAUGAGUUCUUUGAGAUGUACCUGAUUUUUCAGGACAUGGUCGAUGCUGACGAAGACCGUCGUAUUGACUGCAAGGAGUUUGCCAACUUCAUUGCUUCCGGCAAAGCCGAGAAGGUUGGAAUCAAGGUGACUCCUGAGAUGAUGGAAGACCGGUGUGGUAGCACGCUGAUGCCUGGAUAUUCCUUAUUCAAUGAGAUUGAUGAAGACCAAGGUGGCUGCAUUCUCUUCAAGGAGUUUUCGGACUAUUGCAUUCGCAAGGGUCUUCGGAACCCAGAUCGAGAUCCCAUGGAGAGCGACACCGGUAAAUUGAGAGACAUGUUCCAUUCAGCCAAAGACAUGGAUGACGCCAUCUCCAUCGGCCGCUUCGUGGAGAUUUUGAAAAAGGUCGGCAUUAAAGACGGUGAGAUUGAUGCAAUGAUCAAAGCAACAGACAAGAAUCACAACUACAAGAUCGAUGUGGAUGAGUUCAUCGAUUGGCUCAUGGCAGACGGCCACCAUGCCGCCUUGAAGCGUGCUGAGAGAUCGGGCACUGAGAGCUCAGGGCGUGCCAAUGAUGGGCCACCGGCCUGCAAGAACGGCUGCGGCUUCAAGGCAGCGCCCGGAGUGACGCGUUCGGGGAAGCCCUUGGACACGUGUUGCCGUGGCUGCGCCACAUCAGGGGAACACGACCAGAGGCCUACAGGGCCGAACGGCCCGGGCCGCCUUCGGCGUGCGCCGCCACGGCGCCCGUGCGAGGCUCAGGUCACUUCAGCCAAGGGUCCGAGAUUUCGCACGCGACACGGCGACGUAAAGGAGACGCGGUGGGAGACGUGUGUGCUGCUUCGGUACACGAAGACCGGUGGUUUCACAGAGGUGGCCGGAGCCCUGAAUGAGGUGGCUCAGCGUGGCGAGGUGGUGACAGCCAAAAGGCUUUUCCAAGAGAUUGUGGCGAGCCACAAGCCCACGGGCAGCGUUUUGCAUAUGUUGGCCAACACCGUGCUGAAGGCCUACGCCAAAGCGGGUGAUCCCAUCGGUGCCCUCGACUGGGUCCAGGUGAUGAGGGACAUGAACUGCAGCUUCAACACACGUUCCACCGGGAAGUUGCUGGACGCCGCCGCCUUGGGGGAGCGACUGGAUUUGGCGGAACGAUUUCUGGCAGCGCUGCUGCCUGCGGCACGCGGUGGCCCCUCUUUGGGAUUGCCGGUCGACCAGGAGACCCAUCGUACCUUGGCGUUGGCCUUGUGCCGUGCCAGCUCCACUGAUGCCUACCGCUGCCUCCUUUGGUCGCAACGCUGGGCGGCGGUCGAGGGUAGCGAUGCCCGCUGCCAGGGGGCGGUGGUCUAUGCUUGGGAGCUCGUGGGUGAGGGCUCUUCGGUGACGCUUCAGGUGGAGCGCUCUCAGGGCGAGGAGCGUGAGUUGGAGAUGGAUUUGGCCAGCUACAAUGCUUUGGCGGACGCAUGUGCCAAGCGCGGUGAUCUGGAGGGCGUCCAUGGCUGGAUCGAGAAGAUCCAGGCAUCUGGGCUCGCCUUGAAUGAAGUCUCCUUCAACAUUGUAAUGGACGCCUACGGCCAGCAGGGGCGCUUGCUUCAGGCUUCGCGCUGGUUUGGGAAAAUGUUGGAGCAUGGCAUUCCUCCCAAUGUCUUCUCCUAUGGCACGAUGAUCAGCGCUUGCGCACGGAAAGGCUAUGCGGACGAGGCGGAAGAGUGGCUGCUGGAGAUGUGGCGAGUGGCCCUUCAUCCGCUGGAAGUGACGUACAAUGCUCUUCUGAAUGCCUAUGCAAAAGCUCCCAACUCGCAGCGUUGUGCUGCCUGGCUCAGCUGCAUGCAGGAGAACUUGGUGACACCCAGCGUGAUCUCCUACGCCACCGUGAUCGACAGCUUCGCCCAGACAGGCGAUGCCACCGGAGCAGUGGAAUGGUUUGAGCGCCUCUCCGCCCAGCAUCCUGAAGCUGCCAAGACGGCCGCGCACGCCAACAACGCGGUGCUGGCAGCCUUUGCCCGGAAGGGUGAUUCUGGGGGCGCCACUAAGUGGUUGCAAGAGAUGAUCAGCAGGAGCUGCUUGCCAAGCGUGGUGUCCUACAACACCUUGAUCAAGAGCUAUGCCAAGAGUUCUUCGCCGCAGGAGGCUCUGGAAUGCUUGGAGGACAUGCAGUCCGCCCAGCUGGAGCCAAACCUCAUCUCCUAUAACACCGUCAUAGCUGCAUACGCUCAUGCUGGAGAUCCAGACCAUGUGGCAGAGGUACUGGAACGCAUGACAGAAGCACAACUGGAGCCGAGCGUGAUCACUUGGACUUCGAUGAUCAACGCCUGCGGCAAGUGCCAGCCACCCCGCGGGCGUGCAGCCCAGCAGGUCUUCCGGAAGAUGCUGGAAAGCGGGGUGAAGCCCAACAAGGUGACUUUGCAAGCCUUAGGCCGUGCCAUUGGCAGCCUGGCGUGCAGAAGACUGGGAGUGAAGAAGAAGCAGAAUACAAACGGCUGGGCAAGGCUUCCAGAAGCAGCGGGCCUUGCUGCGAGACUUGGGGAUCCGCAGCGAUGGCCCUUAGCGAGCCAGCGAGGCGAGACCUUGGCGCGCGCAGUGGCCGCAAGGAACUUGACAUUGCUUGGUUCCUUGAGGCAACACGACUCACGCCUGAAGCUGGACCAGCCAAAGCACCAGGACCUGGUGCGCAUUUGGUGGCUGAAGAAAGGUGCGGAAUUGUACCUCACCGGUACCUCGAACUUCCAGCACCUUGGGAGCUUAGCGCGCGACGGCAGCGCGCGCUUGCUGCCUGCUGGGGCUUUCGUGGCACUCAAUGUGUCCAUUGCGAGCAUGAAGCGACCUGGAGGCCUCAAACUCUACCAGAAAGGAGAAUCGACAUUGCCACCCUGCACUACACUCCGCUUGAUCGGUGUCGGAAGCGAUGCUCAGCAGCGCCGCUGCGAGCCUUGUGGCGCAGGUCGGUCCUUCUUCCAGCUCGGCGAACAUGAAGGUGGAUGCUUCUUGAGCUGCCCAGUCGGUCACUUCGAUCCCCGCACGGAAGAGGCGAACACCUGCAGCCCCUGCUUGGCAGGAUCCUUCCGCUCAGAGGCCAUACCUAGUCAUCGCUGUGAGCCAUGUGCUCCGGGACACUUUAGCCACGCGGCCUCCGCCGCCUGCCGCCCCUGCGCCGCGGGGUCUGCUGCAGCCAGUUCUGGCGCGCAGUCAUGUGUACCCUGCGAGCCCGGUUUCUAUGCACCGGAGGGUGCGAGGGCUUGUGAGGCUUGCCCGCCUGGCCAUUUCAGCUUGUUUGGAGCCUCCAGGUGCGAGUCAUGUCCAGCAGGCACGACGAAUUCCACCGGCGGCGUUUGCAAGGAGUGCCCUCCGGGCUUCUUCAACAACAACCACCGUUGUGAAGAGUGUCCCAGAGGAAGAUAUCAACCUCUUGCAGGGCAGACACGAUGCUUUGAGGAUGGGCUUGGAAUGACCAGUGCCGAGCCCGGCCUGGCGAGGCCUUCCAAUGCCAAGUCCUUCUUCGUGCUGCGACACCUCAACGCCUCUGCGGAUCGCGCCUCCCCGGUGUUGAUCGAACGUUGCACUGCCAACCCGGAGGUCUGUUUGGAGGAGGAGACCUGUGCAGAGGGCCAUGGUGGACGUCAAUGCUUCGCGUGCCUUCCCGGCUUCGUCAGCAGCGGCACCUGUAGCCGAUGUCCCAGCCGCCUUUAUGGCAUCGUUUUGGCCGUGCUUUACUUCGUGGGCUAUGUUCUGGUGAUCCACCUCUUGAUGAUCCUCGCAGACCUCACCAACAUGAAGGACUGCCAUGUGAUGCUCCUCAAGAUCUUGCUGAACCAUUGCAUCGCCAUGACUGUGCUGGGUUCGCAGGUGUGGCGAUUGGUCACAGAGGCUGGAUUGUUCCGCCGUGGGGACAGCACUUUGAAGUGGCUCAUGGAGAUCGUUGUGGCCACCGACGGGGCGCCGCAAGGGGAAGCCAGCUGGUUCUCCUUGAGCUGUUUGAUGCAGCCACCACGGGCGUCCUUCACCUGGACCGAAAGGUUGGCCACUGCAAAGCAUCAUGAAUGGGAAGACAUGGAAGCUGAAAGAGAUGCUUUGGCCUCCUACCAGUACCUCAACGAAGUCCUGGUGGUGAUCACAUGGAACGCUUUGCCCUUCUUGGUCAUUCUGGUCUCCACCCUUCUGUGCUGCAUCUUGCUGGACCGGUUCAUGAGGUCGAGGAUCGCGAUUUGGCCCAAAGCCUUGGACUUCUACGCCAAGGUGAGUGUCUUCGGCGGCUCUGUGGUCCAGUUUUGGGAUGAGGAGAGCCGUGUCUUCUACAUCCAGCUGGCGCGAAAGCGGCUGUUGGGGCUCUUUUGGCCGUUGCAGUAUGCGAACAGCUUCACCAGGACCUGGCCCAUGCUGAACUACAGAAGCUUCUUGAAAGACCACGCACCAGCACGCAAAGCGGUCCUGCAUUUGAUGUACUUUGCGGUGGCUCGACGAAACCUGCAAGUGCUCGCCUGCGAGACCUUGGGUGAGGUGGAUCCUAGCAUGGUCCUGCGGAAGCAGGGCGCCGUGGCCUGUCGCUUGAGCGAUCCCCUUUUGGCAGCUUCUUUGACGCUGGCAGCGCUGUGGGCCGUCGUCUAUCCUAUUGUGACCUUGUGCCGCUCACACCGCUCUCUCGCAUCGGAGGAGGCGCGGAGAAGCUGGGCCAUUCAAUUGAACGGCUACUCCAUUUGGUGGUGGGAGGCUGUGGUUUACCUUCGCAAGCUGGGCUUUCUCCUGCUGGAACUUCUCCCUGGCUCCAGGACGCGGGUCUUGGUCUUCAGCGUGUGCUGUCUCUUGGCGCUCUAUGCUCAAGAGCCUACCGGCCCUUCGAUGAUCGCCAAGGGGAUUUGCUGA